AUGUCUCUUCCCUUCACCCCCCUCUACAUCGACGGCGAAUGGCGCCCGUCCAGCUCCGGCGCCACCUUUGAUGUCCAUAACCCGACUUCCGGCAACGUCGUGGGGACCGCCGCCGCCGCGUCCGCAGAAGACUGUGCCGCCGCUGUGCAGGCGGCCGGGAGGGCGUUCAAGACGUGGGAGCGGUCUUCGCUCUCGCAGCGGCGCGACCUUUUGAUCAAGGCGUCGGAUAUCCUUGCGACGAAGAGGGAGCAGAUCAUGACGUCGUUCAGGGAGGAAACCGCGGGGACGGAAGACUGGCUGUGGGUGAACUGUGACUGGUGUGUCGAGCAGCUGCGAGAUAUGGCGGCGUCGACGAUGCUCUUGCGAGGGUCAACGGGGCCGUCUAUCAUACCGGGCGCGCAGACAUUCAUCCAGCGGAGAGCUAUCGGACCGGUGUUGAGCAUUGUCCCGUGGAAUGCACCUAUCGUGUUGACCUUGCGGGCCGUCGCUGUGCCCAUUAUCUGCGGCAAUACCGUUGUAUUGAAGACUUCGGAGGUCAGCCCGCGGACCCAGGCUAUCAUCGUGGAGACAUUUAUAGAGGCUGGUGUCCCGAAGGGCGUACUAAAUUUGAUCAGUACAAACAAGGAGGAUUCCCCUGCACGCACGUCAGAGAUCAUCGGGAACCCUAUCAUUCGCAAGAUCAACUUUACGGGAAGCGACGUCGUCGGAAGGCUUAUCGCCAAAGAAGCCGCCCAGUACCUCAAGCCCUGCGUGUUCGAGCUCGGAGGGAAAGCACCUGUGGUAGUGCUGAACGAUGCGGACAUCCCACGGGCAGCGCGGGCCAUCGCGUCUUCCGCCCUACUGCACUCCGGCCAGAUUUGCAUGUCGACUGAGCGCGUGAUCGUUCAGCGCGGGGCAGCCGACUCGUUAUUGGAGCAUCUCACCACAAUAUUUAAGCGUAUCAAGGCCGGCGACCCACACCUUGACAAGGCAGCGACCAUUGGAGCGCUCUUCAACAAGGGAUCCGCGGAGAAUGCAAUCAGCAUGAUCCAGGAUGCGGUCAAGGACGGAGCAAAGGUGGUCGUUGGCGAUCUAAGCCGGGAGGGAGCGAUCAUGCAACCACAUCUGCUCGUCGACGUCAAGCCCGGUAUGCGGAUUUGGGAUCGAGAGACGUUCGCACCGGUGGCCAUUGUGGCUGUUGGCGACACCGUUGACGAAGUAGUCGACCUGGCAAACGCCUCCGACUACAGCUUGAUCGCUGGGCUGUGGACGAAGGACGUUCACAAGGCAUUCGACGUAGCGGGAAGGAUCAACGCGAGUACAAACAAUAUCAACGGCCCUACCGUGCAUGUGGAACUAAUAAGAGAGAACGGCGGUCUUGGCGGGAGCACGGGUUACGGCCUGUUCAUGGUCGAGGACUGGACGCAACUCAAGAUGAUCGUCUUGCACCCGGAACAGGAGCCGCCGUACCCAUUGACCGCGACUAUGUGAAGAGGGUUCUGAGAGAUUUUGCAACAACUUCAGCGUACUGUAUGAUAUCGUGUCUCUAGAGUAGAUGAGAAAUCGAGGCUUAGCUGUUCCGUCAUACCACGCUGUCGUGACUGAA